GUCGGGAAUACGCAUGCGCCCGGCAUUGGAAUUACUGCACUGGAAAGAAUAAGUUGGACGCCGUGUGUCUUCACUAAAAGAAAAAACAACAACACACAAGUAAAGUAUGGCAGUGUUCAGAAUACGAAGGAUGCGGUGUCUUUGCGUGUGGUCGAUCUGCAUCUUCGUGUUCGUGGUGUGCGCGCAAAGCGCCGCUGUUAACGACCCUAGCAAUAUGUCUGUGGUUAAAGAAACGGUGGAUAGGCUGUUGAAAGGUUAUGACAUACGAUUGAGGCCAGAUUUCGGAGGUGCUCCUGUCGGAGUGGGGAUGAAUAUAGACAUAGCCAGUAUAGACAUGGUGUCAGAAGUAAAUAUGGACUACACUUUGACGAUGUACUUCCAGCAGGCCUGGCGAGACAAGCGGCUGUCCUACUCCGAGAUCCCCCUCAAUCUGACCCUAGAUAACCGGGUGGCCGACCAGCUCUGGGUCCCCGACACCUACUUCCUCAACGACAAGAAAUCGUUUGUCCACGGCGUCACGGUGAAAAACAGAAUGAUCCGGCUGCACCCGGACGGCACCGUGCUGUACGGCCUGAGGAUCACGACCACUGCUGCUUGUAUGAUGGACCUGAGAAGAUAUCCACUGGAUGAGCAGAACUGCACGCUUGAGAUCGAGAGUUAUGGUUACACAACAGAUGACAUUGAGUUCUACUGGCGAGGAGGACACAACGCCGUAACGGGGGUGGACAAGAUUGAGCUUCCCCAGUUCUCCAUCGUGGAUCAUAACCUCAUCUCCAAGAACGUCGUCUUCUCCACGGGUGCCUACCCUCGUUUGUCCUUGAGUUUCAAGCUGAAGAGAAACAUUGGCUACUUCAUCCUGCAGACAUACAUGCCCUCUAUCCUGAUCACCAUCCUCUCCUGGGUCUCCUUCUGGAUCAACUAUGAUGCCUCUGCUGCCAGGGUGGCUCUAGGUAUUACCACUGUGCUCACCAUGACUACCAUUAACACCCAUCUGAGAGAGACCCUGCCCAAAAUCCCCUACGUGAAGGCCAUAGACAUGUACCUCAUGGGCUGCUUCGUCUUCGUCUUCAUGGCCCUGCUGGAGUACGCGCUGGUGAACUACAUCUUCUUUGGACGGGGGCCUCAGCGACAGAAGAGGGCGGCGGAGAAGUUGACCAUAGCCAACAACGAAAAGAUGAGGAUGGAUCCGAACAGGUGGCUGGUGGGGAACGUGGUUGGCCGAGACGAUACCCUCUACGCAAGAAUGAAACAGAGGGAACUCGAUGGUCAUGACUCAAUGUGGGAGCCCAUCUUUGUAGAUGACGCAGCAAUGGGACUGGGGGAUCAGAGGAAUAAGAUGGACUCACAUGAAAACAUCCUUCUGGGAACCUUGGACAUCAAGAACGACAUGGGCGUUUCAGAGCUGGCUCUCGGCCUCAACGAUCCACGGAAUACCAUGCUGACGUACGACAGCUCAACUUUACAGUACCGCAAAGCAGGGCUGGCCAGGCACAAUUUUGGCCGCAAUACCCUGGAGCGCCACAUGACUCAGAAGAAGAGCCGACUACGGAGGCGCGCCUCACAGCUCAAGAUCAACAUUCCAGACUUGACAGACGUAAACUCUAUCGACAAAUGGUCGAGGAUCAUCUUUCCAACUGUCUUUUCCUUCUUCAACAUUGUCUAUUGGCUUUACUACGUCAAUUAAGAAAGAGGAGAGAUCAUCGGCGAGGGCAAGAACACACAGCAAAACAUGUUGCUCAUUUCUUGUUUGUGUCUGGUUUGUGUGAUUUUUAUGUGUAACACUGAACUGAAUUACUUCUGUACAUUCAGGACUGGGUCCAUCGUAACUCGGAGUUCGGCAUCUGCUGACUUACACGUGAAAACCUUAUAGAAGAGAGAUUACAAACUUAUAAGGUGCCUGUUCCUGACUAAUUAUUUAAAAAUUUUACAUAUUUUGUGUAUAGUGUAUCCUGGCAUUUUUUUAAACGUUUGUUUGCUAUUUUUUUUAUGUUUUUUAUUACUUAGGAUUUUCAAACUACCCAAUUCUUUGCCAAAAUACUGUAGUUAGUUGAAAAAAUAUACAAGUUGACGUGUUACUUUUAAAUGACAGUUUCAUUAGGAACUACUUAAAAGUGCUGAUGAUCAUUUUCUAAGAUUAAUAAUGUCAAGAAAACAAAAUGUAUAGUUGCUAGAAUUCAAACCCGAUAUCCUCAAGGUCCUCAAGUUCACAAUUUACAAAAUCAACCUUUUUUGUUCUUUAACAUUUCCGAAGUACAAUUAAAAAACAAAGAUUUCUAAGCAUUUUUAAGUUCAUAAACCAUCAAAUCAAAACUAACUAAAAUUAACUAAACUGAAAAAUUCCAAAAAGUCCAGGUCUUAAUUCAGAUUGCACUCAACGAGCCUGCUGAAGGUCCAAGAAGACGCAUGGAACUCAUACAGCCAAAUCCAGAUUGUUAUUCCUGGGUUCUGGGUUCAAGAUGUUGAAAGAGGAGCUGUUACAAAUAUUUACAAUAUUCUUUUCUUUAAGAUAUUUGGAUUUUCUUAAAUAUUAUUAUAAUUAUCAACAGUGGAAUUUAUCCCAGAGUGCAUUUCCAUGGAAUGUCUUUGGGAGCAACUGUGUCUGAAGCAAGUGGUUUAGUCUUUGAGUUACUCUAAAUGUAAACAUCACUCAAUAUAUAGCAUUUAUUUUAGGGAAAAUAUGACCAACGUAGAUACUUUACAAUGGCUGGAAAGACACUUUAUUAGUUAACAUAAUUCUUCCAUGGUUCCAGAAGAACACAGACGGUGACGCGCUAAUGACUCGACAGGUCCACAGAACAGAGAGAUCGCACAAAAAGCACAAAAAACAUCAACUAUCAGGUGAUGACAAUGUCAUUUUGUUGGAAUUUUUUUUUUACACUGAUUUCUCUUUUUUAAUAUUUGUUUCUUAAGUUGAUACUCUGUCUGAAUCUCUUGUAAUGACACGUUUUAAAACCUUUAGUCAUGUAUUGUUUACAGAUUUACAAAAAUGUUUGAUGAUCAUAAAGGACAUAGCCGUGAAUCCCAAUAUGAAUUUACAGAUUAUAAUUGCAGAUGAUUCACUAAUGACACUGUGCUUCUGACUGUCUUUACAAAGGAUUUUGCACACAAGUCGUAGGAAGCCAUAGAGGCUGUACCGUAGUUCUACUGAUACCUUCUCUUCUCCACUUCUAUUAUCUUGUCGCGGCUGUCUUGAAAGCAACUUCAUUGAUACGACUAUGAUCAGUUAAGACUCCGCGGAUAAGUUACAAGGUUAAAAUCUAAAAAUACAUCUAGGGCUGAAACACAGAAGGUAGUCACAUCCUUCCCCCCACAAAUACUGUCUUUUUUGAAUGAAACCUCUUCUCUGUAUUCACCCUCAAUCAUUUAUCAAAGGGGUAAAUGUAAAGAGGUUGUGCCAACAUGGGCUUUGUUACAGAUGUGGAAAGGUAGAGAAGGCAACUACAAAUAGUAUAUUACGUACAUUUAAUGUUUUGUCUCAUUUGUAAACAACAAAAAUGUAACACAAAGGGAUCAUUCGUCCUGAUAUACCAAUUGUUGGAUUGUUGAGGUGUGAGGGACCAUUUAAACAUUAAUAUCCAAAUUAUUAACUUAAGAUGUAGCCACUAUCAUUUAUGUGCCACUGCAUGCUCUGUACAGUAAUAGAUUAUCUAUUUUAGAUCACUUUUUUCACAGAAUUGUUUCCUUUCAUUUGUGCUUUUCGGUUCAAUUCACCUUUACUAAGUAGUCAUACAUAUUUAAUAUCAGUAGUAUAACAAGUAUGUUUGAUUGGAACUGCAAAUAUUGAUAAUAUAUAUAUAAAUAUAUAUAUAAUUUUUUUAAGUAUUUAUGCAAUAGUUACAACUAUUUCCAAAAUAACACAUUGAUUAAUGUUCCCUGCCCAAAAAAUGAUCAAUGUGCAAAACAUACAAAACAUUCAAGUCCCGUUUGAAAUGUCGCCUUUCACCCGUGUUGAUCAGCAGAAUUAACCAUCUUCACACUUAAAGCUAGGUAUUGAAAAUUGCACAUUAAAAAAUUGUUAUGUUUUAUUUCCCUGCUGUUUGUUUGAUAUUUCUGGUGAUUAAGUUAAGAAAAUGAUUCUACUUUUUAAUUUACUUUCUUCUCAAAUGUUGAUUUUGUAAGUAAAUUAAUAAAUACCUGUGUGUGCGGAGAUAUCGGUGAUCUGAAUUAUAAUAUGAAUUCGAUGAUUGCCAUUGUAAAUUUUUCUAUAGAUGAGCUGAUGAACAUAAAUUAUGAUUCUUAUCCCAAAAUAAGUGUGUAUAUACCAGAUAGAAUAUUUAUUAAUCAUCAAUUAGAGCUUAUUAUUAUUGUACAUACCUUGUAAACUUUCUAUGGAAAAGACAAAAGGACAUUUUCAAUAUCAUUUAUACUGUAAUGUAAAGAGAAUGCAAAGGGUGAUGUGAAACAAUGUAAAUGGUUUAUUUUAGUGUCACUCGAUCACGUUUUCUUUUUUGGGGUUUUCUUUGGUUUUGUUUGUCAAAGCAAAUUUCUUUGGUUUCGCCAAAAUGUAAACAUGUAUUCAUGAAUGUAGUUGAUAUUCUUUUGCAGCUUCUACUUGCUGUAAUGUGUCAGCAGAACUAUAACAAUCUUGUACCAAUGAUCUUCUAAAUACAGCUCAAUGUAUAGCACCUUUUCACACACACAUACGCACGCACACACACACACACACACAUGCACACACAAAGGGUCCAGCGAUAAAGAGGCGAGUGAUGCCUUUGUAUCUGCCCGAAGUUCAACCAUCUCAGGUCAGCACAGUUCACACUACAAACAACACAACAACCACAAACCACAACUUAAAACCCAAGAAUUGUACCUGAAGAAAAGUACCUAGUGAACUUGUUUCACAAGUUUUCUCUGUAUUUCAUUUGCUUUUUCUGUUUAUAACAAAUCCCACAGAACCAUAUACAGUGCGUUUACAGCACAAAUAGUGUCUUCUCGAGCAUAGGCAGAAUCUAAAAGUUAUUAAGGUACAAAAUCCACCUUAGCCAUAGACAAGUUUCAAACUACCCGAUAUACAUAUAUUUACAAAUUUUCAGAAUACUACUGUACGUGAUAUGACGUGGUCUGAGUGUGAGCGUGUGUAUGUUGGCCCGAGAGUUUUUCCAAAGCACACCGGCAACAGGAAAGAAAGGUCUGCCUCAUAAGUACACUUUGAAUAUGUGUUUGUACUUCACAGCGCUUUUUUUGUUUCAUAUACUGUAUUUUUAUACUUCUAUACUCCUGUGUAAAAAAAAGAAAAAAAAAAUACACUGCGCACACUGUUGUUUGGCAAACCUUGUAAAUCCAAUUUUGGCAAUUUUCACAUUUAUACUAUACAGAAUGAUUACAUUGUCCACAGGGGAUUCUGCAGACUUACUGACAUUUACGUUUCUGAAAUCCUUUCAUAGUCCCUUGUACACAGUUGUAAAUGGUUUGAAAAUGGCUUUUUUUCCCCUAACUCUCGGAAAAGGUUCGGUUUUUGGGAAAUGCAAGGUUGUCAUCAGACGGUAGUUUCCUCUGGAGAGCAAGGACAGACUGACUUCCUAAAAAGCCGAAUAAUGACACAUGUUGGUGACAGAGUAUGUUUGCACACACUCACUGAAGAAGCCUUAGCCUCCUGCUGCCCUGGACUUCACGCCAAGCAGCAUCAAUCCUUCUUACCCCCCCCCCCCCCAACACCCUCCACCUUGAACAAGUCCUUGUAUGUGCCACUCACAAGAUCAUUCCUAGCAUUCCUAGAAACCCCUGAGCUGUACCCUUCUUAAAGAUAAACCAUGUAAAAGUCAGUGUCCAUCUUUACUAUGAAAACUAUGAAAAUUAAAUCAUUGUCAAUAA